AUGAAUAAUUUUAAUUUACCUUUGAAUUUUUUAAUUUUAAUUUCCUUCUGGCUUAUUGGCCAUUCUCUAGCUCAGAUUGACCCUUCUAUAUUGAAGACUGCUAAAGCAAGAGGCCCUUUCACAUGGCACUUUAAUGAAUGGUUGAAAACAAACAAUUACGGCAUCUACAAAUUUGAUUCACCCGAAAUUGGCCACCAGGCGAGCUUUGGAGGGAAACAAUUUCAUGGAGAAGAAGUUCGAAAGCGUCCAGUAAUUUUCAUUCACGGAAAUUCUGACGGAGCUUUAUCUGCGGGGGAAGAGGAAUGGGCACAAGGAUGGAGUGCUACAAUCUCUCAUUUGUUAGCCAAUGGGUAUUCAACAUCCGAACUUUAUGCUGUCACAUAUGGUGACAGAAACUUUACUAACACAUUAAAAAGAACUGUUGACUGUGAAACUCUUAUACGCCUACGACGCUUCUUAGAGUCGGUUCUUCAAUAUACGGGUGCCCGAAAAGUGGACAUUGUUUCCCACUCUAUGGGUGUCACUCUAGCUAGACAAAUCAUCCAAGGCCGCGGAAUUGAAGAUUUAAGUGCUGAUGAAGAUUUGGAGCAAUGCUAUUUGGGUCCUUCACUUCGACAAAAAGUCCAUACAUUUAUUGGCAUUUCUGGUGCCAAUUAUGGAAUUUGUAUUUGUUCUGAUGAAAAGUUGGCAGAGACAGCACCAGCUUGUAGUAAAAAGACUGGAUUUUGGGCUGGUUCAGGCUGCCCGAAUGCUCCGAUUGAUGAAUGUCAUUUAACGAGUCCAACAUCAAGUAGAUCACAUUGUCACAGUAAUGGACGUUAUUCGGCAACAUUGAAACGCUUGAAUAUGCCUACUAGACCUAAAGAUGCCCAUUAUGUUGUCAGUAUCUGGUCUGACGGUGAUGCUGUUCUCGGCAAAACCAACUUUGCUUGGGGCCGACAAACUUCUUUAAUUCCGAACAGCGACCAUUCAGCUAUUUAUUCCAAUUUAAGUCAUUACUCAAUUAAAUGGAAAACAGUUGAAGAUCAAUUAGAAUUUCUUUCAAAUGGACAGAAAAAUGAAGAAAAAUAA